CUCGAAUAAGUUUUGACUGGCGGUCACUCGUUCCCGUGCGAGCAAUCCCCAUUUUUAAUCAUUGUACUCCGCUUUGUUAUUUGAUCUUCGUUAACCCGUUCCUCUAAUAUGUCUUCCUAUGAAUUCCUGUCACUCGCUACCAAGCCAUCCGCCCAGCUAUGUUACAGCUUCCACCCCGCGGUGGGCACCAAAAAGCCGGCUCUAGUCGUAUUCGUCAAUGGUCUGGGGCUGCCACAGACCUCGUGGGAAGGAGUAAUCGCACGCUUGCAAGCCCAGCCUCCUACUGCGGGUUUGCCCGCCAUGUUAACCUAUGAUCGGUAUGGUCAGGGUCAAACCACAGACCGCGAUCCUGACGAUGUGAAAGCUGAGGAUCUCUUGCAUGGUCAUGACACAUUGACCGUUGUCCGGGACUUGCAUCAACUGAUCACGCAAAUCGCAUCUGAGAAGUUGGGCAUAUCCGAACUAAGUGGUCUCCCCCUUGUUCUGGUUUCGAACUCAAUCGGCGGUGCAUUGGUGCGGCUUUACGCGCAAGAAUACCCCGGCACAGUGGCCGGCCUUCUCUUCCUGGACAGUGUGCUCGCUAAUUCCGAUUUUGUCUCCAUCUACCCGGAUCCUGAUUCACCUGACUUCGACGAGACCAGCUUGCCACACGGUGUGUCAGUGGAAGCCAUCCGUGAUGCCCGGGCAUACAUGCAACGGGUCUUCCACCCCAGCAAUGGCAGUGGCGAGGGCCUCAGUCGGAGGAAUCUAGCAGAACUCCUCCCAAAGAGCGAUGGUCCCAAAUUGCAGGGUCCCGAUGGUCGAGGUCCCUGGGUGACAGUUAUCGGUCACGAGUUCGAGACGUUCAAGGUCGAGUUUGAAAAGAUGGGCGGUGCACCACCGAGGCUGACGGAAAUGUAUAUGAACCCCUACUGGCACCGCUUCAAUGAAGGAUUGGCCAAGCUCACCGAAUCGGAGCGGAGUAAGGGCCCGUUCCAGGCUCCGGGAGCCGGCCACUUUGUGCAGGGGGAUAACCCGGAGCUCGUGGCGAACGAGCUUCGUGAGAUGCUUGAUAAGGCUAUCUGACCUCCUGGAUGUCUUAGCCUACGAGAUUUCAUACAUGAAUACAACAGUACAAUGGCGGUGAUAUAGAUACUUAGUGACCUAAUGGUAUCAGCUGGAAAAGGGUUUUACAGCUGGUCCCUUAGGUAGUAUAAUCGAUCGAUUAGUGUUGGUUGAUUAAUCGAAACCUUACUCCGAUAGAGCAAAUCCAGGUUUGCUCUUACCGAGCG